CUUCCACGUCGGGCCGCGCGGUGGAAUCAUCCAAUCAGCGGCGGCCACACAGUGUUUGGAAACACAUAAGGAAACUUCCCCGGGCGUUUCUCGACAACUUUCAAGAAAAUUCAACUAAAACGGAUCGGUUACGUUGUUUGGAGUAAACGCAUAGACUAUUUGUUAAGGCCACGUCUUUAUUUUUACGUGUUAAAUUUUAUGUUUGGCGACCCAAUAAACAUGGACGCGUCAACAAACUCGGAUGAGCCGAAGACUUUAACUGUCAUCAUAAAAAGCCCGAACCAGAGCGUCGAGGAUCAGACUGUGGAGGACGUGCAGCUGUCCUGGACAGUUCUGCAGCUGAAGAGCCACCUCUCACAAGUGUAUCCUAGCCACCCGCCUGUAAAAGAUCAAAGACUAAUAUAUUCUGGAAAAUUGCUGCCUGAUCAUCUUACAAUGAAAAAUGUGUUUUGGGAGUUUGACACAAAACCCACACUCCACUUGGUUUGCAGUUUCAGAUCUCAUAGUGGAAACCAUCUGCAAACUCCGCCUGAAAUAAAAAAAGAUUUAAAAAUACAUUCUAAUAAUUUGGAUUCUGGAGCUCCUCCAUCCUCUGUAAGCAAUGACGGCCUUAGACAACGAGGGACGUUACAAACUGGGUUGGGUCCUACACAGUCUGUAGGAAUGGACUCUCCUAAUGCAGAACUUCCUGCUUACAACAUGUAUACUCCACAACAACUUGUAUGGCUUCAACAAAUGUAUGCAAGGCAGUAUUACAUACACUAUCAAGCAGCCUUAGCAGCCGCUGCAGCUGCUUCCAGAACAUCCACGCCUAUUGUUCAGUCCCUCCCUGUCGUCUCUCCUGCUCCGCCAGUACUGGCUGAUCAGCCUCCAGUUAAUGACAUCCCUCUCAAUCAGAACAACCAACAACCUGUACCUGUCAACCCAGUGGCCAAUCCUAAUUUGCGAAUGAAUGCCCAAGGAGGUCCCAUGAUGGAUGAUGAAGAAGAUGUAAACAGGGAUUGGCUAGACUGGCUUUAUACAGUGGCACGAUUUUCAGUUUUUCUCAGCAUUUUGUAUUUCUACUCCACUCUGAGUCGCUUUGUAAUGGUGAUGGGAUCCAUCCUAGUGAUGUACUUGUACACUGCUCGUUGGUUUCCAAUUGGACAAAGACCAGGGCAGCAGGAUGUCAUUCACCCAAAUGAAGGGGAUGAAGUUCUUCCCCAACCAGAGGAAAACCAGAAUCCUGAUUUGGAGGAGGAACCUGUUUCUCCCGCUCCUGAAACUACAGUUGAAAGGCAUUCUGUUUGGGACACUGCAUUUGUUUUCUUUAAGUCUUUCUUCUCUUCUCUUAUACCUGAUGGCCCUCAAGCAAUUGCAAACUGAUCAUAGCUAACUGGAGGAAAACGGCACUUUGUACGUGCCUGUGUAUUAGAUGGAUAUACUUUAAAGGCCAUUGAAAUUGUGGUUGGUUUGGCUUUUUACAGCAAAUGAAUAGCAAUUUAAAUAACUUCUCAUUGUCGCUGGGCAUUGCUGAGUUUGUUCUGGUGGUUUUUGUUAGCCUUUAGAUAUGUUUUCUAAAUGGACUCCUCAGUGAGAUGAAUGUGUUGCUAAGGCAGCAAAGGUAUUAUACUGGCUUAAGGUAUAUUUUAAUGUGAAGUGAGUUCACUUGAUUUAAUUAAGUAGCACUUUAUUUGUAUUCUGUAUGUAUAAAAUGUUCAGAUACAGUUUGAAAUACAGAUACUGACUUUCAGUUAUUUAUCCAAAAAGUUAUCUAAUUAUGUGCGUUUAGGGUUUAAAUGGCACUUUAUUAAAGUUCAGUUUUAAUCUCUAUAUGCUAUUAUGAAAAUAAAGGUUCUUGGUAGUGAUCAAUUUUCUGAUUAUGCAUUAAAAGAAAAUGUUCAUAGUACUGCAGUUAAGCCUUUAGUAAACAUACAGAUUUUUAUUGGAUAUAUACAGUUAAUUGUACAUAGUGAUGCAUCUUCACUGUUAGCAAAUUUGUUCUAUUGUUAAAGCAUUUUGUAACUAUAUUCAAUAUGUUAAAAUUCCUUUUGGGAUAUUUCUUAAACUUUUACACUAAGUGUAACUUUUGGGGAGGUGGUUAUGAGUGAUAAAAAUUACCCUCCAUGAUAUUUCUUGCCUACUGAAGUUUAUUUGUGAAAUAAAGAACAGAAUUUGUCUGUCAUA